AUGGUUGACGCUGCCUAUCGUAUUCCCGGCAAGAACGAGUACUAUAUUUUCUCGGGCCGGAAUUAUUGUCGCCUCAGGGUAUCCCCCCCAAAUAAUGAGAGUAUUGCUGCAGGCCCAGAAUUAAUUACCGAGGGCUGGGAAACUCUCCGAAAGGGUGGAUUUGGAACGAUUGACACUGUGGUCUCUGUUCCGGGCUACGAGGACCAGCUUUAUGUGUUCUUCGGAGGCCACUACGUCCAAAUCAAGCUCGAAAACUACGAUGACAGCUUUGUCAUCGAUGGAGUCCGUUCAAUCGAAUCCGGGUGGAAGUCACUUGUCCAAGCGGGAUUUGACACCGUGGAUGCUGCACUCAGAGUGCCAGGAAGCCACACCAGUAUCUACUUCUUCCGCGGCUUGAACUAUGUCCGCGUCGACACCGCCACCGACAGAGUGACAGGCAAAGUUCACCAAAUCAAGACAGGCUGGCCAAGUAUUGCUAAGGCUGGGUUCGACUCUGUCGAUGCCAUUGUUCCAGUUCUGGACCAGCAGGGUCAUUACUAUGUGUUCUAUGGCGAUCAAUAUGCAGUGAUUGGGUUGGAUAACAAUGGCAAAGAUACCCUUAUCACGACUGCAAAGCAAAUCAGCGAAGGAUGGAGAUCUUUGGAUGGAUGGGUCUAG